ACUACCUGGAGCCGGGGCACCGCUGUCUUGGAGGCAGCAUGUGGUGUCCACAGUUAUUGGACGCCCUUUCCCACUUCAUUGUGAGGCAAGAGGCAACCUCUGAUGACAACGGCAAUUUUGAUAUUGAGAUCUUUUAAGAACUCAUAAGCACAAACACUCGUAAUGAAGUCUCCCAAGCUGUUGAAAAAGCUGGUCGUAUUGCUUCACGAUGGAAACCUUUCUGAAGGGCAAGAAGCGCAAAGCAACUUCAACCCCCGAAUCGACUCGGGAUGACGACAACGAGUCUACUGAUGUCAAGUUGGCAAUCAUGGCAUCUCUGUUUCCAGAUUUCAGCCAGGAGGCUCUUUUAGAUACACUUCUAGCCCACGAUGGAUCCGUGGAGGCAGCCUCUGCCUCGCUAAACGACAGACGACCGGAAGUGGCCAAGAAGCCGCGUUCCAGCCGGGUCGUUGGGUCCCAGACCUCGCUGAAAUUCUUUGCUACUGGCUUGCCAGUUUCUGGAGACGGUGUAUCGCCGAAGAAGGCGAAGCUGCUUUCCAAGAAGGGAACCACCCUCCAUCUAUACGAUCCUGAUGACAUCGCCCAGCAUACGCCUUGCUCCAUCAUCCAUAACUUCCUGCCACCGGAUGAGGCCAAAGAGCUCUUGCUGGAGAUGUUGGAAGAGUCAAAAUCCUUUGAGAAAAUAACAUUCAAGCUUUUCGACAACGUUGUGUCUAGCCCACAUACAUCGACCUUUUAUGUCGAGACAGAAGAGGAGCUCAACAAGCAGAGAUACGAAUAUUUCUACAACGGUGCUCGACUGACGGAUGUACGCAAAAUCACCCCUCAACUACUACGAGUCAAGCCCAGGGUCCAGAGAUGUGUCAACGAAGAAAUUCAAAAACGAAUCAAGACACAGUACCCCGACGGUAAGAAGCUGAAGUACCAGUCUCCAGAUGAAUGGUCCCCCAACGCUGCCUUCGUCAAUUGCUACAGCGGCGGAAAGGAGAAUGUGGGCUACCACUCAGACCAGCUCACCUACCUUGGCCCGCGAGCCGUCAUAGGCUCCCUCUCCCUCGGUGUCGCCAGAGAGUUCCGGGUCAGGAGAAUCCUGCCCCGAGACGUAGAGGACAGUUCGUCCGAGGAUCCAGACGCGGAGGGACAAAUCGCGAUUCACCUACCGCACAACUCGUUGCUCGUCAUGCACGCGGAAAUGCAGGAAGAAUGGAAACACAGCAUCGCUCCCGCUACGGCCAUCGAUCCGCAUCCCAUCGCUGGCAAUAGGCGGAUCAACGUGACGUAUAGGGACUACAGGCCCAGCUUACAACCCAAGUUCACGCCGCGCUGCAACUGUGGCAUUCCUGCCGUGUUAAAGGUCGUCCAGAAGAAGAAGGAGAACUGGGGAAAGUAUUUUUGGAUGUGCUACGGGGGAUACGUGCCCGGUAAGGAAAAUUGCGCGUUUUUCCAAUGGGCGAAAUUCGACGAUGAUGGAAAUCCGAGCUGGGACAAGGGACGCUAUAAGAAGUCAUCGGGAAAGUUGGGUGUUGAUCCAUUACUUCGACGCGGCCAAACAGUGGACAAGGGAACCUCUUGAGUUCGUAAGCCAUGCAGAACUUGCCAGGCCAUCAUCAAUUCCAGCACU